AUGCCCCUGGUAAUCUUGAACAUUUUAACAGCUGGGUGUCGAGAAGAGUCUUUAAGUAUAUUUCAACUGUCUAAAGCGAGUGUAAUUCUCUUUGGAAAUUUAAUUCGGAUCAUAUUUUUCUUCGUCACAAAUUGCGAAAAUUGUGUGAAGAAACUUUUUAAUCGGAAGAUUUUCUGCUUAUGUUUGUUUGGUCUGUUGCUAAAUUGCCUUGGAUCCAUAUCCAUUUUUAUAUUAACCCAAACACGUCCAGGUUCAACAUUUACUCCUGAAAUAGAAGCACCCAAAAGUCUGUUUUCAGAAAUCGAAGAAAACCAAAAAUAUUUCGGAGGCGUCAGUGUUUAUUUUCAACAUGAUGUUUUUAAAAAUUUGGAACCUAAUCGAGAGAAUUUUAUUCGUCUUGCAAGAAUAGACGACAUAAGAAGUAGAGAAAAAAAGAAAAUUUUCAUCAAUUUUCAAUUCAACGAUUUGCAACAACACCUCGAGAUGUUUCUGAGUCGAAAAGUUGAACUGGGAACCUAUAAAACUCCCGAACGUUACGUGUACAACAAAUCGUCCAACUCCUUACACGUUGUUACGGAUACGUCUCCAGUCAUCACUUACGACCAGUCAUUUACGUUCGCUUUUGAUUUUAUUCCACCAGUUGGAGUAUUUUUAAAAGAAUAUGUAUUUGGUGAAAUCGAAUAUAACGUUAAGAAAGCAGACGGCAAUUCUUGUUCCGAUGUUUCAGUUCCAUUGUUUUAUUUUCGUACUGAAUUGAGUGAAGAGUCGCACCUCGUGAUAGAUAUGAACAAAACUCCACGGUUUUAUACCCAUGAAGAUCUAACGGAUAUAUCGAAAGUAUGGAAAACCGGGUGGAUGGAAUGUGAUUGUACUGGAUCUUUAAAACCGACUUUAAACAUGGCAUUGGACGCUCCUUGUGUGAAUUAG